UCGCUAAUAAUUCACCAGCAAAAUGUUCCUCUUCACUUUGGUGUUACUGUUUCUACCGGAAGCUGACACCCUGAAAUGUUAUGAAUGUUUAUCAAGUAGCCCUGGAAUUUGCACUGGGAAAACAACUGAGUGUCCCUCACAGGAUUAUCGUUGUUCAGCAGUAACAACAGAAGUCGCAAUUAAAGAUGGCGUCGUGGUUCCUAUUGUCAACUUCAAAGGUUGCAUGAUGCCUGAACUAUGUGUUGAAAACUCCGUCAACUACGGAACUUACAAAGUGGUGAAAAAUAGCGUCUGCUGCAAUGGAGACCUCUGCAACGCUCAAAUACCUGAGUACAAGUCCACUCCAAAUGGAAAAAAAUGCUUCACGUGUGAGGGAGAAAACUGCAUGAAAACUCUUAAAUGUGAAGGGAAUGAAAACUACUGCGUCACAGCAACAAGAGCCCAAUAUGAAGGAAAAAAUGUGACGCUGAAGGGAUGUGCCUCCAAGUUGAUCUGCUCAAAUCAGCGAGCUUCACGGGUGAAUCAGUUCAGCACAGAACAGCUUAGCUGCUGCCAGGGCGACUACUGCAACAGCGCCAGUAGAGCCUUUACCUACCUUCUGCUCCUGUUGGUGCCUCUGUUGUUUUCUAACUUAUUUUCUUAG